AUGGCAAAUGGCUCUUGCUCUGUUCCUUCUCCUCUAACAGCUAACUUUUGCCAGGGACUAAAGGGCAUGAGAAUUUCCUGUGUCCGUCCCAGAGACAAAAUUGCUUUUGCUUUGUAUGCCGAAAGGGUCAGGGACACAGCCCUGGGUGGAAGCAAAGAAGGAAAACAGCCUUGGACGUUCUCCCAGGGCAACUGUCAACCCCCCUGCGGGGACGUUGGCCUCCCGCGGAGGAGGAACGUUCCCUGUGGAGGCUUGGGCUGCGGGCGCCCUUUCUGCUCCCCAGUCCUCGGACGCCCUCGCCCGGCGGGCUUUGGGGUUGGCUCAGGAAGGGUCGGCCGCCCGCGGCCCUGGAGAGCGCCAGUAGCGACGACCGGAGCAGCGCGGGGUGAGCCGCGGCAGGGCCUGGCGGGGCCGUGGAGGAAGCCCGAGUGGACGAGCAGCCUGGGGCCGCGCAGCGAGGGCACUGAGGCCGGGGAGGCCGGGGGAAGACCCGCGUAUCUGACAACGUUGCCAGCGGCCCUGAUAAGGUUCCGCAGAUUCCAAAAGAAAAAAAGGGCCAAGUCCCCCAUUUUCAAGAAGCCGCCGGAACCACAACUGAACGACAGUUUGGAGCGGCUUCGUGGCUUGUGCUGCAUGGUCAUCCCCUGCUGCCAGCGUUUUAACAACGUUCGCUGCUUUUCAGUGUUUUAUUGUGUUUCUUUUUACAUUUCGGGUAUGGUAUUUGGUCUUGUAGAUGUGAUCAUUGCCAAUUUUCAUAAGGGUUAUUAUCUGAAAAUCAUUGAGGAGUCAGUAUUGCAAUCUAGUUACGAUAUUUCAUCUGGCCUGAUAGCAAUAUUUGUAGCACACUGUGGAGGGAGAGCAAAAAGAACAACAGGGAUGGCAGUUUCCUCCUUUUUAAUUGGAGUUGGGUCACUUUUCUUUGCCUUUCCAUUCUUUAAUAAUAGAAAUUAUGAAUUUAAGGUAGAAAUUGAAGGUCUUGCAGAAGCUUCAGGAGUGGUUGGAUAUUCUCUGGGUUAUGUGAUAGCGGCACCAUUUCUUAAGGCCUCUGAGAAUAGCACUUCGGAGAAAAAAACAGGGCAGUUGGGAAACCUCACAGCUCCUUGCAAUGAGAAAUGUAAAUGCUCAUCUUCAUUAUAUUCUUCUAUAUGUGGAAGAGAUGAUAUUGAAUAUUUUUCUCCCUGCUUUGCAGGCUGCAAACAUUCUAAAACAUUGCAUGGACAAAAGGUGUACUACAAUUGUUCUUGCAUUAAAGAGGGAUUAAUGACUACAGAUGAGCAAGGUGAUUCUAUUGAUGCCGGACCUGGGAAAUGUGAUACAAAGUGCUAUAAAUUACCUUUGUUCAUUGCUUUUAUCUUUUCUGCACUUGUAUUUUCUGUUUUUUCUGCUGUACCAAUCACACUGGCCAUCUUUCAGAAAAAGGCUUUUGAUAUUUUAUUGGUAGGUGCAAAAUUUGCUGUAAGUAUUGCCAGAAUCAUAGACUCAGAUGAAAACAGUCCACAGCCUGGACCCUCUGGGUUGACCCAGGCCCACAUCCAGACAGCAGAGGAUUCAGACUCAAAAUACUUAUCCUCUGCCUCUUUUGAAGACAAGCUUGAUCACAAUGAAUUCUGCAAGUCUCAAGAGAAUGCUCCUGAGAUAAGUGUGGUGGUCCCAGCCCAGGGUCAGAAAGCAGGAGAAAAUUCCUCUGCUUCUGAACAUUUCUCCCAUGUCUCCUUGGCAAGCAAGCUUGUACUUGUUGAUGAGGACGGAAUCCAUCAAUUACCUCAAGAUGUCUCCUGCCUUGGAUCCUCUGAGAUGUCUCGACCACAGGAUUUGGAACAAAGGGAGACUUACUCCUCCUUACCACAUACCUCUGUUCAUUCACACUUAACCAAUAUGCCCUUUAUGUCCUCAGAUGAUAAGGAAAAGAAAAGGGCCAUGAAAAUUUACUACAUGUGUGUCCCAAUGAAAAGGGGUGUGGCUGUCUUGUCAGAUACAGAGGAAGGACUGGAGCCCUGA